AUGCCGACAGAGAAUGGGGAGGUCCAGCACCGGAUCGACGGCCUUCAGGAUCAGGAUACUGUGGAGAUAUUGCUGGUUACCUUGGAAUCAUGGGCCCUGCAGGCUGUGGAGGAGUUCAAAGCCAGCAAGGGCAUGCUCGAGAUAGGCAGCGUGAGCGACAGAUCGAACGAUGCCCGUAAGGUGAAGAUUGAGCUAGAUGGGGGAACUGAGAAUAUAUUGGCGCAAUUGCGAGGGGAAUGGGUGCGCCAGCUGGUGCACCAGCACCACGAAGCAGCCAGUAAUUUUGCGGCGUCCAUAAUUUUGGAUGGCAGCCCAGAGAGGCUGCUGGUCUUGCGGUUUAUGGAAAGGAGGGAAGCCUGGGUGUCGGAGGAGGCGCCUAAGAGCUGGUGCCAGGAAAGGAGGUGUGCACCGUUCCUAGAGAUGCAUUGCCAGGCUCGCCCAGAAGAGCUGCAAUUCCAUAUCGUCUCGCCUCCUCCUGUUGCGGCGCAAGCAUUUGUGCAGCACCUGGAUUUGCGGAUCCGACAGUCCAUUUCCAAUCGCAGUCUCGCAGACGUGCCGGUAGAGACUGUGCCUGCCGCGUCGGACAGCGAGCUCAGGGCCAUCUGGGGCUGGAAUGGCACGCUUCCUGAGGGAGUGCAGAGAUGCGUUCACGAUAUCAUCGCCCAGCAGGCGCGACUGCGGCCACACGCGCCAGCAGUCUCUGCCUGGGACGGCGAGCUGGACUAUCAGCAACUGGAUCGGAUCUCCACUCGAUUGGCCCAUUACCUGGUGCAGCUGGGUGCUGGCCCAGAUGAUAUCAUCCCCCUCUGCUUCGAGAAGUCCAAGUGGAUGAUGGUGGCCAUUCUGGCCGUGAUGAAGUCAGGGGCUGUCAUCGCUGCCCUGGACCCGACACAGCCCGAGGAUCGCCUGCGAAGCAUUGUGAAGCAGCUGCAGCCACGCUGGAUUCUGACAUCGCCGGCCCAGAUCGAAGUGGCCGCACGCCUGGAGAUCAGCAAUGUCAUCGCUCUCGACGAAGGCCGCCUACGGCAACUGCCAGACUCCGAAGGAAGACAUCUCCCAUGCGUUGAUCCCUCCCGUAACCUGUACAUUGUUUUCACGUCGGGCAGCACUGGAACGCCCAAGGGAGUCAUGAUCAAUCACACCAACUUUAGCAGCGCCAUCGCCUACCAGCAUGAGGCAUUGGGGAUGGAUAACACCGCGCGAGUGUUCGACUUCGCUUCAUACGCCUUUGAUCUGGCCUGGGGGAACAUCAUCCAUACCCUCGCGGCGGGGGGGUGUCUAUGCAUCCCCAGUGAAAGUGAGCGCCGUGGAAACAUCGCCGAGGCAAUCCGCAGACUUGGGGUGAACCAUCUCCAGCUGACCCCCAGUGUUGCUCGCCUCAUCGAUCCGCGAGAUAUCCCCGCAGUGCGAUGGAUCCUCCUGAUCGGAGAGCCAAUGACCCAGGCCGAUGUUGCUCAAUGGACGCCAUACUGCAAACUGAUCAAUUCCUACGGCCCAGCGGAAUGCACGGUGGCGGUGACCUUCCAGACAAUCCCCCACGGCCGACCUUGGGACUCGAGUAUGGGGAAAGGCGUCGCGUGCAGUACCUGGAUCGUUGACGAGGAGCAUGGGGAGACACUGGUCCCCCUUGGCCACACAGGCGAGUUGUGGCUGGAAGGACCGCUGGUCGGCCAGGGAUAUCUAGGAGACCUGGAGAAGAGCGCGGCGAGUUUCAUCGAUAGCCCUGCCUGGCUGACCCGGGGAAUACCAGGGGUCGUCCCCGGCCGGCGAGGCCGACUAUAUAAAACUAGAGAUCUGGUGCGCUACAACCCGGACGGCUCGCUGGUUUACGUGGCUCGCAAGGAUACGCAGAUCAAGAUCCGGGGCCAGCGGGUGGAACUGGGCGAUGUGGAAUAUCACCUGAAGCUUGCACUGCCCGACAAGAUUCCAUCUGUUGCAGCCGAGGCCAUCACCCCGCGGGGUAGCAGCAGCACCAUCCUCGUCGCAUACCUGGCCCUCGGCGAAGAAGCAACUGGCGCCGCGGAGAGCACCCGGGAGAGUCUAGCCAGUUGCCUGCAUGGGGUGGAAGAGUACCUGGCCGACCGACUGCCUCGCUACAUGGUGCCCAGCCUGUAUCUUGCAGUCCCCGAGAUCCCCAUGACUGCCACCGGCAAGACAGACCGGCUACGCCUGCGUGAGAUCGGGUCUUCUUUAACCCUGGAUCAGCUGGCAGCCUUGCAGCCCUCGCGAGCAGUGGAGAUCAAGGCUCCCGAGACCGAGAUGGAGCACCGCCUUCAACAGCUCUGGGCGGCAACAUUGAAUAUCAGCCCGAGCAGCAUAGGGACAGGCGACAGUUUCCUCCGAAUCGGCGGAGAAUCGAUGGCAGCCAUCCGCCUGGUGCAGCUCGCCCGGAAAGAGGGCAUAAUCCUGACAGUGGCCGAUAUUUUCAACCACCCGCGCCUCGGCGAUAUGGCGCAAGAAGCCCAACGAGAACGGGCCCAGGACGUGACGACCAUCCCUCCCUUCUCCCUGCUGCGUAGGGGCCACGACGUAAGAGAUGCCUGCGCGUUGGCUGCAGCCGAAUGCCGCGUUUCGGCAAACUCCAUCGCCGACCUCCUGCCCUGCACCCCGCUGCAGGAAGGGCUGUUGGCCCUGACUGUCAAGCAGGCCGGGGAAUAUGUCCGCCAGAUGGUAUCAGAGCUUCCAGUGGAUGUGGAUCUGGCGCGCUUCCGCGCUGCCUGGGCCCAAGUGAUUCAUGAAGCGGCGAUUUUGCGAACGCGGAUUGUGGACCUGCCCAACGCCGGGCUCCUGCAGGUCGUAGUCGCAGACCAGCCCGAAUGGGCCACGGGGAGCGAUCUCGGUCAUUUCUUGGAGUCAGAGAAAGGAAAGCCCAUGGGACUGGGGACGUCGUUGGCGCGGUUUGGUCUGGUGUCGGAUCAAGCGCAAGGCAAGGUGCUUUUCGUCUGGACCAUCCACCACGCCUUGUAUGAUGGCUGGUCGCUGCCGGCGAUGCUGGAACGGGUGGAAGCCAUUUAUGCGGGUGGCAGCUGCGAUAUGCUCCCCUCGUUUGCGGGGUUUGUGAAAUAUCUGGCGGAUGGUACAGUGGAAGAUGCGCAGGGUUACUGGCAAUCCCAGUUCAAUGGGAUCCAGGCCGCAGUCUUCCCAGCCUUGCCCUCCCCAGACUACCAGCCCAAGUGUCAGGAUCUGCUCCAAUACCACGUCGCGAGUGUCUCCUGGCCCGGGAAUGAUAUCACGGCCUCCACUGCAGUGCGAACAGCAUGGGCAAUUGUCGCAAGCCGUUAUACCCAGUCUCCGGAUGUGAUCUUUGGGGCCACAGUGUCCGGGCGACAGGCACCGGUCCCGUUCGUUGAACGCAUGGCCGGUCCAACCAUUGCGACUGUUCCAGUCCGCGUGAAUGUGCAGGGGGAUGCCACGGUGGCCAGUUUGAUGCAGAGCGUUCAGACACAGGCCGUGGCUAUGAUUCCGUACGAGCAGACGGGAUUGAACCAGAUCCGGCGGAUCAAUUCGGAUGCAGACCAGGCAACCCAGUUCCAGUCCCUGCUGGUUGUACAGCCUCCAAGCUCGAAGACCUCUCGUCGGCCGGACGAGUGCUUGUUCCGAGUGGAUCUGGAUGCUGGUGACGAAUUUCGCAGUAUAAACACUUAUUCGCUUAUGUUGGAGUGCCAUCUCGAGUCCGACGGGAUGCGCCUGCGCAUGAGCUAUGAUCGCCUGGUCAUCGACGCGGAGCAGGUUAAGAGGAUAGCCAGGCAGUUUGAAGGGGUGCUGCGCCAGGUCUGCAGUGAAGUGAAUGCGCAGGAGCUGGUGGGCACUGUCUCAGCUGCCAGUGAAGCCGACCUGGCCCAGGUGUGGGCCUGGAAUGCAACUGUCCCCCAGACCGUCCAGGGCUCUGUCAACGACCUCAUUGCGCAACGCGUUCAGCAACAGCCCGAUGCCCUGGCGAUCUGCGCGUGGGAUGGACAGCUGAGCUACCAGGAACUCGAUACCCUCUCCACGCAGCUGGCCCUAUCGCUCGUGCAACAGGGGGCAGGCCGUGGCUCGGUGAUUCCCUUAUGCUUCGAGAAGACAAUGUGGACGCCCGUGGCCAUGCUGGCUGGCAUGAAGGCUGGCAGUACUGUGGUUACAAUGGACCCCAGCCAGCCGGAGGAUCGAUUGCAGUCAAUCAUCCAACAGACCCAACCGCCACUCAUCCUCACCUCCGACACAUACAAGCCUCUGGCAUCUCGACUCGCAGGGGUGGUCAUCCGCGUGAAUCGGGAUACCCUGCAGGCACUGCCACAGCAUGACCUUGAUACUCCAGAUCUCCCAACCAUCCACCCGACGGACGGACUCUACAUCGCGUUCACCUCGGGGAGCACUGGAAACCCCAAGGGGGCAGUCAUGUCCCAUCAGAACAUUCGCAGCGCAAUCCACCACAGUACGGGCGCCUUGGGCUUUACGCCUACCACCCGGGUGCUUGGAUUUUCCUCCUAUGCAUUUGACGCGGUGUGGGUGGAGUUUCUCUAUGCGAUGGCCGUCGGGGGCUGUCUGUGUAUCCCUUCGGACGCGCAGAGAAACAGUGGUGAUCUUGCAGGCUGCAUGGAAGGGUUGCGAGUGGACCUUGCUCUCCUGACCCCGUCCACGGCCCGGCUUCUCGACGCAGAGGCAGUCCCCAGCCUGAAAACCCUGGUCCUGAUCGGGGAGCCCGUCACGAGCGAUGACCUGGCCAGAUGGACCGGCAACGUUGAUUUGAGGAAUGGGUACGGCCCUGCAGAAUGCUCCGCAAUAACCGCAGCCUAUAAAUUUCAGGGUCCAAAUGACCAGCCCAGUAUCGUUGGCCACGCGGUGGGCCUCGUGGCUUGGGUGGUUGAACCAUCGGACGGCGCCAGCCUCAGCCCCCUCGGAGCGGUGGGGGAGCUGUGGGUGGAAGGGCCGUUGGUGGGAAAGGGGUAUCAUGGGGAUCCAGAGAAGACAGCCAUGAGUUUUGUCCAUGACCCCGUCUGGCUGCUCCAGGGAACACUGGGCUAUCCUGGGCGGCCAGGUCGACUCUACAAGACCGGCGAUCUUGUUCGAUAUACCUCCGAUGGCAAGCUGGUUUGCGUGGGGAGAAAGGACACGCAGGUCAAGAUCCGCGGCCAGCGGGUCGAACUGGCCGAGAUCGAGCAUUAUAUCAAAGAGGCCACCAGAGCUUCCGUCGUGGUGGAUAUGGCCAGGCCCCAGGGCAGCAGAGGCCCCGUGCUGGUGGCCUAUGUGGCUUUAGGGCAAGUUGCAGCCGUGGGCUCCCCCGAGGCAGUGAGGACGGCACUUCGGCGCUGCAUCCAGGGGGUUGAAGAUCAUCUGAGCAAGCACCUGCCCCGGUAUAUGGUGCCGAGUUUCUAUAUCCCCGUGGUCGAUAUCCCAUUAACAGCCACGGGCAAGACCGACCGACGGGCAUUACGCAAUACCGGAUCCUCCUUCGCCAUCGACCAGCUGGCAGAGCUGCAGCCCUCUGGAGGCCAGAAGCGCACCCUGCCCCAGAGUGAGAUGGAGCGGAGCCUGCAGCAGCUCUGGGCGGAGGUGUUGAACAUCAAUCCCUCUCAGAUCGGCAUGGAUGAGAGCUUUUUCCUGCUCGGGGGGGACUCUAUCUCGGCCAUGCAGGUCUCUGCCAAAUCUCGCGCGAGGGGGGUUCGCGUCACAGUGCCAGAUAUCUUCAAAUUCAAGACAAUUGCGCGUCUAGCACGACGCGAGAUCCAGAUCGAUGACCUGGCCAUUGACGACCGAGAGAUGCUCGACACCCCCUUUGCCCUAUCUCCCAUCCAACAGUUUUUCUUCGACGCCCAGAAAGACAAGCAGGGUCACUUCAAUCAAAGCUUCCUCGUGCGCACUACCAAGCCCCAACAGCCCGACGCUGUACUGCGCGCCGUGCAAUUCAUUGUUGCCCGACACUCGAUGCUGCGUGCUCGCUUCCACCGGGGCACCGAUGGGGUGUGGACGCAACAGAUCACCUCGCGUGCUGAUGAAUCCUAUGCUUGCCGUCAUCAUCGCCUGGCUUCGGUGGAGGACGCCGUUCCGGUGCUGAAUAGCAGCCAGCGGUCCUUGGACGUCCAGGCUGGCCCCAUAUUUGCGGUUGAUCUGAUCGACACUCCUCCAGACUGUCAGUACCUGUUUCUCACGGCGCACCAUCUCGUUGUCGACCUUGUCUCCUGGCGGAUUAUCCUGGAGGAGCUGGAGGAGUACCUGUUGACUGGCACUGUUGCUGGUUCCUCUGCGCCACUCUCAUUCCAGACCUGGUGCCGGCUUCAGGAGAGACACGCGCAGGACCAUCUGACCCCCGGUACUGCCUUCCCGUUCGAUAUUCAGCCCCCGUGUGAGGCGUACUGGGGACUAUCGCCGGAGCUCAAUACGCACGAUGCUAUCCAAGAGGCCGGGUUUACCCUCAGCAAGAAAACGACCAGCAUACUCCUGGGACCAGCGAACCAUGCGUUCCAAACUCAGCCCAUCGAACUGUUCCUAGCCGCGCUGCUGCACUCUUUCAUGGACAGCUUCACUGACCGGGAUCCUCCUACCAUCUUCAACGAGGGGCACGGUAGAGAGCCAUGGAACUCAGCAAUCGACCUAUCCCGGACGGUUGGCUGGUUUACCACCCUGGCGCCAAUCUCAGUGGAAGCGGGCUCCCAUCACCUUAGCAUCCCCCAGUUCGUCCGUUACAUCAAGGAUCGCCGGCGACAGAUUCCUCACAAUGGGUGGUCGUACUUCACCUCACGGUACUUGAACACCGAGGGGAAGACGGUCUUUAGCCGCCAUGCCUGCCCUGAGGUUACGUUCAACUACUUUGGCCUCUAUCAGCAACUGGAGAGGAGCGACGCGCUCUUCCAAUCGUGUCCCAGUCUGCAGGACCGAGUGCUGGAUGUUGCAGACCGCAUGGCCCGGUUUGCCCUGAUUGAUGUUUCUGCCGAGGUCACGCAAGACUGCCUGCAGUUCCGGUUUCUUUCCAGCCAGCGCAUGCAGAAGCAGGACGCCCUGGCUCGGUGGAUUGCGGCGUGCGAGCGUUUGUUAGAAGCCACAGCCGUGCAGCUGCUAGAUAUGCAACCCAGCUACACGUUGGCCGACUUCCCAUUGCUGCCCCCUACAGAUGCAACGUGGAAGCAGCUGGAGACGCUCCCACGGCUUGGCCUUGCCUACGGUGACGUGGAGGAUAUCUAUCCAUGCUCGCCCUUGCAGCAGGGGAUUCUGUUGAGUCAGGCAAAAAGCCCGGAGAUGUAUUGGACCCGAGUGCGUUGGGUUGUCCGGUCCAGUACGGGGGCAUCAUCUCCGGUUGAUGCAGACCGACUGGAACGUGCCUGGCGGAAGGUCGUCGCACGCCAUGCUGCACUCAGGACUAGAUUCUCUGACAGCCCCUUCUCAGAUGGAUAUAGUUACCAGAUAGUCUUGAAAGACCCUCCCCCCACUAUUCACACCAUCCAGGCUGCGGACCCGAUGGACGCCGUUGUCGAGUAUCGAGCAGCCAGCGGGUCGCAGGUCCGGCCAGUGCACUCUCUGGUCCUUUGCCCUAUGGCCAGCGGAGACCUCGUGUGUGACCUGCAGAUCAACCACGCCAUCAUCGAUGCCAUAUCCAUCCGGGUUCUGAAACGCGAGCUGUGUGCCGCGUACGACGACGCCCUCCCUGCGGACCCAGGGCCCCGGUACAGUGACUAUAUCAGCCAUCUCCAGUCCUUGCCGACGACGGAGGCGAAAGAAUACUGGCAGACGCAGUUGGCUGGCGCUCAGCCAUGCAUCUUCCCUACCCUGAAUGAGCCCAUCGCCGAACCCAAGGACGCGGCCGCCGUUACAUCUCUGCCGAUCAGCCCGGAGACGGACCAGGCCUUGCGCCAGUUCUGCCGAAGCCAUGCCCUGACCCCGGCCAACGUGUUCAGUCUCGCGUGGAUGUUGGUCCUACGCAGCUACACCAGCAGCGAGUCCGUCUGCUACGGCUAUCUGAUCUCUGGCCGGGAUGUGCCCAUACACCAGGUAGAUCGAGCGGUUGGACCGUUCAUUAACAUGGUGGUCAACCAUGUCGAGAUAGACAGCAACCGAACCCUCCUAGCAAUGCUGCAAGAGGUUCAGGCAGGGUACCUAGGAAGUCUGAAGUACAACCAAUAUCCGCUGGCCGAGAUCCUGCAUGACCUCAGCACCGAGGGGCAGCCCUUCUUCAAUACGGUUCUGUCGGUGCAGAGUGGCGGCAGGGCCGACUCAGCCCAGCCCCCAGACACACCCACCAUCACCCUCGAGAACGAGACGUGGCACGAUCCGAACGAAUACGACAUUGCCGCAUCGGUCCUGCUGCUGGACGACAAUCCCAGAAUCACGCUGAACUACUCCCGCCAUCUGCUUUCGGAGCGACAGGCCAGUGCCGUCGGGGCGACGUUUGUGGAAGCCCUGGCCAAUAUCGUCCGCCAUCCGGACAGAAACCUCUGCGAUCUGGAGACGACGAUCAGUCCCCAGGAUCUCGCCACCAUCUGGGACUGGAAUGCCAAGGUUCCCGCGACCUUGUCCAGCUCGGUGCCCGAGCUGUUCUCCCGAUGGGUGAAGCAACAGCCUGAUGCGCAGGCCGUCUGUGCCUGGGAUGGAGACUUGACCUAUCGUCAACUCGACGAGGGGUCGUCCCGGCUGGCUCACCAUCUGCUGGCUCGGGGUGUCCGCCCGCAGUCAAUACUGCCCCUGUGCUUCGAGAAAUCCCGGUGGGUGCCCGUGGCCAUGCUGGGGGUGCUCAAGGCAGGCUGCGCGGUAGUCACGAUGGAUCCGGAACAGCCCGUGGAGCGCCUACAGCUCGUGGUGCAGAAGACUCAAGGGGUGAUUCUGACAUCGCCAGCCUGUCAGGGCCUAGCAUCCCAGCUACGUCCUGAGGCUGUCGUCGUGGAUGGGCGAUCGCUUGAGAGGAUGCCUCAACCAGACCCGCUGUCUCUGCCCACGAUCCAUCCCACGGACAGGCUCUUUCUGGUGUUUUCCUCCGGCACCACAGGGACCCCCAAAGGGUCUGUGAUGAGCCAUCAGAACGCAUGCUCGGCAGUUCACCACCAGCAGGCACGUCUUGGGCUGCCGCCCGCAGCCCGAAUGAUCGAUUGCCUCUCAUACGCGUUCGACGCUCCCUGGUUCAACUUUUUGCAUGCCUUUAGCUCAGGCGGUUGUCUGUGUGUUCCGUCCGAUCAACAGCGGAAGGACAAUCUGGCGGGCUGUAUCGAGAGCCUCAAGGCCAACUACGCGCUUCUUACGCCCUCGAUUGCCAGAGUCCUGGACCCUGCAGCGGUGCCUGGCCUGGAGACACUUGCAUUCGGCGGGGAGGCUAUACGCGCGGAGGAUAUCAGUCGAUGGCACGAGGUCAAGCUGAUGGGGUAUUAUGGUCCCUCGGAGUGCACUGUCGUCUCAACCAUCCACCAGUUCGAGAGCAAAACAGAGGAACCCAGAAUGCUCGGUUAUUCUUCUGGGCUGACAGCCUGGGUGGUGGACCCGUUGCAGGGGAGACGCCUGGCACCGCUUGGUGCGACAGGAGAGCUCUGUGUCGAGGGUCCGCUUGUCGGACAAGGGUAUAUCGAUGAGCCCCAGAAGACUGCGGCCAGCUUUGUGGAAGAUCCCAGCUGGCUUCUCCGUGGUGGAGGGCCAGACUUCCCUGGACGUCGGGGCCGGGUGUAUAAAACAGGAGAUCUCGUCCGAUUUCGUCCCGAUGGAUCGCUCCUGUAUGUCGGGCGCAAGGAUACUCAAGUGAAGAUCCGGGGCCAGCGGGUGGAGUUGGGCGAGGUUGAGCAUCACAUCCGCCAGACGCUGCCAGCCGGCGUGGAUGUGCCGGUGGUUGUGGAACUGGUCCACCCCCAUGCAAGUGCGAAUCCGGUGCUGGUGGCCUUUUUGCCCGUGGGAAAGGAAGCUGCUGGGUCAUCCGAGUCAAUGCGUGCAGUCCUGGACCGCUAUACGCACGGGGUGGAGGACCGCCUGAUGGCCCGACUGCCCAGCUAUAUGGUCCCUCGCAUGUACAUCCCCGUGCCAGCGAUCCCAUUCACGACGACGGGGAAGACAGACCGGCGCAGCCUGCAACGGGUCGCGUCUUCGUAUACCCUGGAGCAGCUGGCAGCGCUUCAGCCCUCGCGGGACACUCGUCGUGCGCCCACAACGGCGAUGGAGCGGCGUCUGCAAGGGAUGUGGGCUACUAUCCUGGAUAUCGAUGCAGUGACCAUCGCGGCCACCGACAGCUUCCUGCGGAUUGGAGGUGACUCAAUCGGAGCCAUUCGACUCGUGCGACUGGCUGCAGAGCAAGACAUUCUGCUCACGGUGGCAGCCAUCUUCAAAUCUCCCAUUCUGUGUGACAUGGCGCAGGUGGCGACACUGGGAUCGACUUCCGGACCUCAUGACAUCCCCCCAUUUUCACUGCUCAAGCAAGACGUGGAUAUCUCGCAGGCGCGAUUGCAGGUGGCGGCGUGGUGUGAGCUCAGCCCGUCUGCUGUCGAGGAUAUCCUUCCGUGUACACCUCUCCAGGAAGGUCUGCUUUCUCUGACGGUCAAGAAUCAGGGCGCCUAUGUGAACCGCCAGGUCCUGCAACUUCGAGACGAGGUAGACCUUGGACGCUUCCAAACCGCCUGGAAUCAAGUCGCCAUGGCCACGUCGAUCCUGCGAACCCGCAUCGUGGACCUUCCGGGGCAAGGGUUGGUGCAAGUCGUUACCAGCGAGGUGCCACGGUGGAACCAUGGCCGUAGCCUCGACGCACUCGUGCAAGACGAUCUGCAACGUCCGGUAACCCUUGGUACCCCCUUGGCCACAUUUGGCUUGGUGGACGCCGGUGACGUUGGUGGGGAUCGGCAACGGUACUUCCUGCUAACGCUUCAUCAUGCGCUCUAUGACGGAUGGUCUCUGUCGCUGCUGCUGGACGAGGUCAGCAAGGCCUACCACGGGACCGCGAGCGACGGCCUUGUCUCCUUCAAGACAAUGAUCAAGUAUGUGACAGAGCUGGGUGCCGAGGCGGACUCCUACUGGCAAGGCAGCCUGGAUGGUCUGGUGGCCGAGCCAUUCCCUGCCCUGCCCUCUCCCAUGUACCAGCCACGCGCGCAAGACAUCCUGGAGCACAACGUAUUAGGGCUACGGUGGUUGCAAAACCACCACAUCACACCGGCAACCACUCUUCGCGCGGCCUGGGCCAUUCUCACAACCCACUACACCCAAUCUGCGGAUGUCCUUUUUGGAUCGACCGUGACUGGACGGCAGGCUCCCAUUCACCGCGUGGGACUGGUCGAAGGGCCGACAAUUGCAACUGUGCCGGUCCGCAUUGCCAUCCAGGAAAAGGCUACCCUGGCAGGCCUACUCGACCAGGUCCAAGAGCAGUCUGUCGAUAUGAUUCCCUACGAACAGGUCGGGUUGCAGCGAAUCCGGAGGCUCAGCGCCGACACCGAGCGAGCUUGUCAGUUCCAGACGCUCCUGGUGGUGCAGCCAGCCCCGGAACCGAGCGCCACAGAUGGACCCUCUGCACUGUUCCAUGCAGAAGAUGACACUCUCAGCCAGGCGGCUCUCAGCAGCUUCAAUUCAUACGCUCUCUUGCUGCAAUGCCAGCUGACGGCCACGGGGGUGUCCAUGCAGAUGAGCUACGACUCGCAUGUCAUGGCACAACCGCAGGUGCAACGGCUGGCCCGGCAGUUCGAGCAUCUAGUACGACUCCUUUGCGAUGAGUCUCAGCACUCAUCCUCUGUUGCUCACAUAGAUGCGGUCUGCGAGGAUGAUCUGCGAAGGAUCUGGGCGCUGAACUCCCCGCCCCCGGCCAGAGUGGACGCCUGCAUGCACGACUUGAUCACCGAGCAGGCCCAGCGGCGGCCAGUCUCACAGGCCGUCGCUGCAUGGGAUGGAGAGCUCACGUAUCGCGAGCUGGACGAGCUCUCCACCCAGUUGGCAUAUGGCCUCGUCAACUUGGGGGUCGGCCCCCAUGCGGUGGUCGCUCUGUGCUUUGAGAAAUCAAUGUGGAUGCCCGUGGCAAUGCUUGGAGUCAUGAAAGCCGGCGGUGCAUCGGUGGCCAUGGAUAUCACGCAGCCAGAGGACCGGCUUCGCACGGUAGUGCAGCAGGUACAGCCUCCUCUGGUCCUGAGCUCCCUGGAGGCAGAGGACCUGGCACGGCGUCUGAGCGAUAGGCCGGUGCACGUUGUCUCUCAAGACAGACUGCAGACGACGUCGCUGGGCAGCGGCCAGGGCGGCCAAUUGCCCCCAGUUCAGCCGACAGACAGGCUGUAUAUUGCCUUCACCUCAGGUAGUACGGGGGUCCCGAAAGGCGCGGUCAUGUCCCACCAGAACUUCACCAGUGCCGUGCACCACCAAACCGCGCUCGAGUUUACUGCGUCGGCCAGGGUGUUUGACUUUUCGUCCUACGCGUUCGAUGCUUGCUGGCUGAACUUUCUCCAUACGAUGGCGGCGGGUGCCUGUCUCUGCAUCCCCUCCGAAGAGGAGCGCAAGAGCGACAUCACUGGCUGCAUGCGCCGCCUGGCCGUGACUUAUGCGAACCUCACGCCAUCCACCGCACGUCUGAUCGAUCCGACGUCCGUCCCCAGCCUCCAGACCCUCGUUCUGGUCGGAGAGCCGGUGGCACAGCAGGACAUCACUCAGUGGAAAGCCCACGUCCAGCUGAAGAACGGUUAUGGCCCUGCGGAAUGCAGCGCCAUCUCCACCACGUUCGAUCUCGGGCAAAGUGACCACGACCCGGCAACCAUCGGCGCCGGCAGAGGAAUGGUGACCUGGGUGGUUGAGCCGACCGAAAGCCGACAUUUGUCGCCGUACGGGGCUGUGGGCGAGCUGUGGGUGGAAGGUCCUCUGGUUGGAUUAGGGUAUCUCGGCCGUCCGGAUCUCAGUGCUGCAAGCUUCGUCGACAACCCCCCAUGGCUGCUGCGCGGGGGACCCCAGGGGUUCCCAGGUCGACAUGGCCGGCUUUACCGCACCGGUGACCUGGUGCGGUAUAAUCUGGACGGCACCCUGGUCUGUAUUGGCCGCAAAGAUGCCCAGGUCAAGAUCCGCGGACAGCGCGUGGAGCUGGCCGAGGUCGAGCAUCAUCUGCACCAGGCCUUACCUUCGGCCGCCGUGGACGUCUCUGUGGCAGUCGAGGUCAUCACCCUGCAGGGCAGUGCCAAUCCACUGCUAGUCGCCUUUGUGGCGAUGGGGGAGGCGGCCCUGGGCCCGCGGGAGACUGUCCGAGCAAAGCUGGCUCUUUACAGCCAGGGGGCCAGGGAGCGCAUGGCAGACCAGCUGCCCGUCUACAUGGUGCCCAGUCUGCUUCUUCCGGCGGUUGAAAUUCCCACGACGGCCACGGGCAAAAGAGAUCGACGGCGGCUGCGUGAGAUGUGGGCCUCCAAGUCCCUGGAGGAACUGGCCGAGCUGCAGCCGACCAAGGGCAACCACCAAGCACCGACGACAGACGUCGAACGGCGGAUUCUGCAACUGUGGGCCGAGUGCUUGAAUAUCAGCGCAUCGAAGAUCAGCAUUCACGAUAGCUUCUUCGCCCUUGGCGGGGACUCAAUCUCCGCCAUGCAGCUCUCGGCAAAGGGCCGCUCCAUCGACCUCCAGAUGACUGUAGGGGACAUUUUCAAGUACAAGACAAUCGCUCGACUGGCUCUCAGCAUCUCCCCAGCAGUGGAAUCGGCCGUGUUACAUGCCCCAGAGGGCCAGGGUGCCUCCUUUGCCCUGUCUCCUAUCCAGCAGAUGUUCGCUGACAUGCAGCAGGGGGUUAGCAACCAUUUCAACCAAAGCUUUUUCGUGCAGGUACGUCGACCGGUCACCCUGCCUCAGAUCCAGGCCGCUGUGGAUGCCCUGGUCGCCCAUCAUGGCAUGUUGCGCGCGCGUUUCAAGUGCAGCAGGGAGAAUAUCUGGAGCCAGUGGAUUCUGCCCCCGGGGACCACAGGAAGCUAUCGCGUUUGCCAGCAUGAGGUUGCGGGUCUUCAGGCAGCCUCGGCGGUGAUCAAUCACAGCCAGGAGUCGCUAGACAUCCAGAACGGUCGGCUCAUGGCGGUCGAUCUGAUCAAUGCAGACGAGGGCCAAUACCUUUUCUUGGUGGUCCACCACAUGGUCGUCGACCUGGUGUCUUGGAGAAUCAUCCUGGCUGAUCUGGAAGAGCACUUGACCACCGCAUCCCUCUCCGGGUUCACCUCGAUGUCCUUCCAGACCUGGUGCCAGUUGCAGGCUGACCACCACGCCGAGAGCCCCUUCGAGCUGGAGGCUGUCCUGCCAAACGGGGCUCCGCCUCCGCUGCUGCCACAGCUAGACUACUGGGGUCAGGUCCGCAGCUUAAACACAUUCGAUAACAUGAUCAAGGAUGGCGUGGUUCUCGGCAGGCAGGACACAGAGACCUUGCUAGGGCCUGCGAAUGCGGCAUUUGACACACAAAUGGUGGAGCUCCUCCAUGCGGCCAUCCUACAUUCCUUUGCCAAUGUCUUCCACGACCGGGCACCUCCGACGGUAUUCAGCGAAGGCCAUGGUCGGGAGCCCUGGAGGUCUGCAAUCGAUAUUUCACGCACGGUCGGGUGGUUUACCACGAUGUUCCCUGUGGUCGCCACAGCCAAGAAGGGAGAUAGUAUUGCCAGCAUUGUGCGCCAUGUCAAGGACCGUCGACGCCAGAUACCCGAUAAUGGCCGGCCAUACUUUGCAAGCCGCUUCCUCACUCCGGCUGGCAAGCGGGCGUUCCAGGUCAAUGGCCCUGUCGAGGUGAUUUUCAACUACCUCGGGCUGUACCAGCAACUCGAGCGGUCGGACGCCCUCUUCCACAUGCGCGAGAUGCCGGACGGGGUGGAUGACAUGGCUGAUAUCUCGGGGAGCCUGUUCCGAUUUGCUCUGGUGGAUAUCUCGGCAUCGGUGACGGAUGGCUGUUUGCAUGUUGACUUCAUGUACAAUCGGCACAUGCAACACCAGGCCUCCAUCCGCGCGUGGAUCAAGGAAUGCAGGCAGUCCCUCCACGCCGCAGCGCAGGAGCUUCCUCUGAUACAGCCAAGUUAUACCCUCUGCAGCUUCCCGCUGCUGCGCAUGACAGACCCGGCAUUGGCAAUCCUGCAGCAGAGGCUGACGGAGCUGGACCUCGCAUACGGGCAGGUCGAAGAUAUCUACCCCUGCUCGCCGCUCCAGGAUGGAAUCCUCAUGAGCCAGAUCAAGAACCCAGACCUCUACAGGACACGCAUCCGGUGGAUGGCACAGUCUGCACAGGGAUCAACAGCAGUUGAUACCAACCGGCUCAAGCACGCGUGGCAGCAGGUGGUAGACCGCCAUCCAGCCCUGCGCACCAUCUUCGUCGACAGCAUCUCGGGCAGGGGACUGAAGGAUCAAGUGGUGGUGAGGAAUCUCCGGGCAGACGUCCACAUCGUCCAGUCCGCGGACGAAGCAAGUAUCGAGGACAUGUCCCCAACAAAAGGCAAAACCAGCUCAGUGCUCACUCUGUCGACGACGAACUCGGGCGUCCUGUGCGAGCUAUCGAUCAGCCAUGCGCUCAUCGACGCCUUUACCUUGGGAAUCCUCAAGCAGGAGCUGUGUGCCGCAUAUACUGGCCUCCUUUCCUCUUCCCUGGCACCCCUGUAUAGCGACUACAUCCACUUCAUCCAGUCCCUGCCCGCUGGGUCAGCCGCGGCAUACUGGCAGGAGCAUCUCCAGGAGGUCAAGCCCUGUCUAUUUCCAUCCUUGGGCGGUCUAAAUACGGAAGGCCGGCGGUCGCAAGCUCACAUCCCUAUUACCUUCGAGCGAGAGCUACACCUGGCAUUGCGCAUCUUUUGCAUGGAGCAUGGACUGACGGUGUCUAAUAUCUUCCAUGUCGCUUGGGCCCUGGUCCUGCGGGCUUAUACUGGUUUGGAUACUGUCUGCUUUGGCUAUCUCACAUCAGGCCGAGAUAUUCCUCUGCAAGGGGCUGACGGAACCGUUGGUCCAUUUAUCAAUAUGCUUGCCAGCCGCGUGGACCUGGGCAGUAAGGACUCGCUGAUGACCCUGGUACAGAGGGACCAGGAGCAGUAUCUCAACAGUUUGGAGUUUCAGCAUUACCCGCUGGCCAAGAUCUUCCACUUGAUUGAUACGCCCGAGAAGGGGCUUUUCAACACCGCCAUGUCAGUCCAAGCUAGUGACUCUGGUCCCAAGGACUGCCAAUCGGCUAUAUCGCUUGUAGAUGAAGGAGGAGAUGAUCCCACCGAGUAUGAUAUCAUGAUAAACAUUGGCGUCGGAGACGAGGACACCGGAUGCAACUUUACCUUUAACGAAUCGGUGAUAUCUGACCGCUAUGCAAAGAGUGCCAUCGACCUGUUCUUGCACGCCGUCUCACAUAUUGUUCAGCACGCGGACCAGACGGCCCAGGAAGCCAAUUUCAUCAGCAAGCAAGACCUGCAAUCGAUCUGGCAGUGGAAUGCCGCCGUAGCAACGCCUCUGGACUGGUGUGUUCAUGAACUUAUCAUAGAGCAGGCAGAGAAACAACCAGCGGCGGCUGCCAUCUGCGCGUGGGAUGGUAAUCUCACGUAUAAGCAACUCAACGAUCUGUCCACGCAGCUGGCAUGCCACAUCCGACAACUGGGUGUUGGGCCAGGGGUUAAUGUCCCGUUGCUCUUUGAGAAGUCGCGGUGGAUGUCGGUUGCCAGUCUGGCGGUCAUGAAGGCUGGUGGAACCAUGGUGGGCUUGGAUCCUGGUCAGCCUGCAGGGAGACUACGAAGUAUCAUCGAUCAAGUCCAGCCUUGUCUCAUUUUGACUUCGGCCGGAAAUAGCAACAGCGCGGCAGCUUUUGCAUCCUGCCAUGUUGUCCGGGUGGAUGACGCCAGUUUGGCCCAGCUGGCCACGCCGUGCAAUGCUCUGUUACCCCCGGUUGACCCUGCCAGCAGCCUAUACCUGGUAUUCACCUCUGGGAGUACAGGCGUGCCAAAGGGUGUGGCCAUCAGCCAUUCGAACCUCAGCACCGCGAUUACUCACCAAAAGCGCAUCUUGAAACUUUCUGUCGCGUCGAGGGUACUUGAAUUCGCUUCAUAUGCAUUCGAUGUCUCCUGGGGUACAAUCCUUCACACCCUUGCGGCUGGUGGCUGCGUCUGCGUGCCUGAAGAGUCGGAACGCCGCGGAGAUAUCAGUGCCGCAAUGCGUCGGAUGGAGGUAAACUACGCGCAUCUUACUCCAUCUGUUGCGCGUCUUCUGAACCCUUCCAAUGUGCCGCUCCUCCAAACCCUCGUCUUGAGUGGAGAAGCCGUAUCGCGAGCGGAUAUGGAGCAGUGGAGCCGGCACGUCCAUCUGAUCAACGCGUACGGCCCUGCUGAGGCCGCCGUAUGGGUGAUAUUCGCACACCUCGACUCAGCAUUGUCCAUGCCCUCCAUCGGAAAGGGGGGUGGCUGCACCACGUGGAUUGUUGACCCUAGUCGACCCGACCAAUUAGCCCCAGUGGGCUGCACGGGUGAGCUCUGGCUGGAAGGUCCACUAGUGGGACGUGGCUAUCUUCACGACCCCGAACGAACAGCAGCCGCGUUCAUCGAGAACCCGCGAUGGUUGCUCCAAGGAGCAGGAGGGGCCCAUGGCCCUGGCCGACAGGGACGGCUUUAUCGGACUGGAGACUUGGCCCGGUAUACACCCGACGGUUCGAUUGUUUAUAUUGGGAGAAAGGAUAACCAGAUCAAGAUCCACGGUCAAAGGGUGGAGUUGGAAGAGGUAGAGAAAUAUAUUGAGCAAGCCAUGCUAAACAGCGCCGCAGCACCAGCAGUCCCUGUGGUAGCAGCGGUCGUCACCCCUCAAGGAAGCAAGAAGGCAAUUCUGGCAGCUUAUCUGGCUCUGGGUGAGCCGGCCACGGGCUCUGUGGAAAUUGUGCGCAAAUCUCUCAGCAGGUACACUGGGAUCAUCAACCCGGCCUUGGAAGAGAGCCUGCCGACCUAUAUGAGGCCGAGCAUCUACAUCCCCGUGGCGGAGAUCCCCACGACUACCAAUGGAAAGGCUGACCGCAGCAAACUCGCAACCAUGGCAUCCAGUCGCACUCUGGCUGAAUGGGCUGGCCUUCAGACCUCUGAGGGCAAAUGGCGCCCUGUAUCGUCUCCGGGGGAGCUGGGGCUGCAGAGACUGUUUGCUGAAGUGCUGAAUAUGGACCAGAGCCUAGUAGGCAUGGACGACAGCUUCUUCUCGCUCGGCGGUGAUUCCAUUACCGCGAUGCAGCUGUCGGCCAAGUCCCAAUCCAGCCUUCUCUAUAUCACGGUGGGCGAUAUAUUCAAGCACAAGACCGUCGCACAACUGGCAAGCAAUGCAAGGCAGACAGCGAGCACCUCCGUGCAGCUCCCGGAAGUCCCCAACAGCUUGUUCGAGCUGUCCCCGAUCCAGCAGCUAUUCUUUGCCUCGCAGGACAAGGGCAAGAACCUGUUUAACCAGUCCUUCCUGGUCCGCGUUUCCCGCUCCCUGAAUCCCAACGAGCUCCAGAAGGCGAUUGGAGUUUUGGCAGCACGCCAUUCCAUGCUCCGGGCUCGGUUCGUGCAAAGCGCGGACGGCGUCUGGCAGCAGAAGAUUGUAAACGAUUCAGCUGGCUGCUAUACAUUCCGCAGCCACCACAUCACCACGCUGCAAGAUAUGGAGCCCCUCCUCCAUAGCAGCCAGGAGUUGCUGGAUAUUGUCCAGGGUCCCAUCCUGGCCGUGGAACUGAUUGAUUCGAGCCACGAUGGGCAGUAUCUCUUCAUGACAGCCCAUCAUCUCGUGGUGGACCUUGUCUCAUGGAGAAUUCUGCUGGGCGAUCUGGAGGAGUUCAUCCGCUCGGGCACAAUCACCGGAUUCCCUCCAUUCUCAUUCCAAUCAUGGAGUCAACUGCAGGCGAACUAUGCGCGAGACCAUUUGCCUCCAAAGAUCGCGCUGCCUUUUAAGGUCAGUCCGCCCCGGCAUGAGUACUGGGGACUGGUCCCUGGGCACGAUGCAAACACCCUGAGCGAUUCCGGUCGAGGCAGCUUCACGAUGAACAAGCGCCUGACCGACAUUCUCAUGGGCACGGCCAACUCGGCCUUUGAUACGCAGCCGGUUGAGAUCCUCCACGCAGCCCUGCUGUAUGCGUUUGCACAGACAUUCCAGGACCGCGAAGCACCGCCUCUCUUCACCGAGGGGCAUGGUCGAGAAGCCUGGGACUCGGGCAUUGACCUGUCCAGAACUGUUGGCUGGUUUACCACCAUCUUCCCUGUGGCAGCUUCGAUUACGCAAAACCACAGUCUUCCAGAGGUGGUGCGCCGUGUGAAGGAUACACGCCGGCAGACACCACGCAACGGGUGGUCCUAUUUCACCUCGCGGUACCUGAAUACUGAUGGACGGCAGGCCUUCCAGAUCAAGGGCCCUGUGGAGAUUAUUUUUAAUUACAUGGGCUUAUAUCAGCAGCUGGAGCGGCCCGAUUCCCUGUUCCAGCAGUGUGAUAUUGCGGUCACAGCGCCCCCUGCUGCUGCGGCGACUCUCUCGCGGUUUGCCCUGAUCGACGUCGCAGCAUCUGUUGUGCAGGGUCAGCUGAAGUUCGAGUUCCUAUACAACAGGGAGAUGAAAGGACAAGACAGGAUACUUGAAUGGAUCAGCAAGACAGAAUCCUCACUCAAAGCGGCAGCGGAAGAACUUCUGUUGCAGAGCCCAAGCUAUACCAUCUGCGACUUUCCCCUGCUCUCUCUCACCGACCAGGGUCUCGACGAGCUUCUCAAUAGGGUCCUCCCGGCUGUGGGUCUUUCCUACGGCCAGAUCGAAGACAUCUACCCCUGUGCGCCGAUUCAGGAGGGCAUCAUCAUGAGCCAGGCCAAGAGCCCUGAGCUCUAUUGGACUCGAGUGCGGUGGACGGUGCAGUCAACAGGCACGUCGCCAGUCGAUCUCGAUCGGUUGAGGCGGGCCUGGCAGAUGGUCGUGAACCGUCACUCGAUUUUACGCACGAUAUUUAUUGACGGUAUCGGAUCCGGCCAGGUGAAGGACCAGGUGGUCCUCAAGGACUUUCCGGUGGACGUCGAGGUCCUCCAUGCCGAGCUGCAUCAGCUCGCAGAGCCAGUCACUGGGCGUCAAUGGCACACCGAUCUGUCGAGCAGAAGAGACACCCCGCAGCAUUCCCUGGUGCUGACGCAAACAGCGUCUGGAGUCGUGUUCUGCGACUUGGAGCUCAACCAUGCGAUGGUCGAUGCGUAUUCUCUAGCCCUUUUGAGGCAGGAGAUCUGUGCGGCAUAUACUGGCUCACUGCCUGCCACACCCGCGCCGGCCUACCAAGCGUAUAUUGAGCACCUGCAGGGGCUGUCCCUUGUUGAAGGACAACGCUUCUGGCAGACAUAUCUUGACAACGCUCAGCCCUGUCACUUUCCGGCCCUCGGCCAGCCGGAUGUCACAGACGGCUCGAACGCCCGCCGGGCGCUAUCCAUCUCGUUGGACGCGGCCACUCAUCAAGCCCUGCGUGUCUUCUGCCAGCAGCACGCAGUUACACCCUCGAACGUGUUCUACCUGGCUUGGGGGCUUCUUCUUCGCGCCUACACUGGCUUAGACACAGUGUGUUUCGGCUAUCUUACGUCCGGGCGCGAUGUCCCUGUCCCAGGGGUCGAUAGGAUUGUUGGUCCGCUCAUUAACAUGCUUGUCUGUGUUCUGGAAUUCAGGACUGGGGCAUCGGUGCGAUCGGCCAUGCAGAAGGUCCAGGAAGACUAUCUCGCCGCCCUGCAGUAUCAAUCUACGCCUCUCAGCAAGAUCCUGCAGCUUUCUGGGACGUCCGGUCGGGGCCUAUUCAAUACCGGCAUAUCGGUCCAGGGCGGUGCUACUUCCGGCGAACCGGACGAGCAUGAUAUCAUAGUGACGGAUCAGACAGGGCUGGAUUCGCCAGAGUACGACAUUGCCGUUGCUAUCUCCCACGAUGAGGAGGAGACGGAGAUUGCAUUCGACUACAUGGCCGUCACCUUGUCCGACCAAGGGGGUCAAAGCCUUGCAGGUCUUUUUGUUCAGGUUGUCGCUGAUGUCAUACGUGCUCCGGAUCAAACGGUCCAGGCUGUCAAUGUGAUCAGCAAGGAAGACCUCCAGAGUCUGUGGACCUGGAAUCGAACAGUCCCGGAAACCGUACAGGCGUGUGUUCAUGAUAUGAUUGGACAAAAAGCCUGUGAUAGCCCUGAUUCCCCGGCAAUCCAUGCAUGGGAUGGCGCGCUUACAUAUCAAGAGUUGGACCUUCUGUCCACCCGACUGGCCCGGUAUCUUAUAGAUCUAGGGGUCCGGCAGAAUACAGCCAUCCCUCUAUGUUUCGAGAAGUCCAUGUGGAUGCCGGUAGCUGCACUGGCAGUGAUGAAGACAGGCGCUGCAUGCGUGGCCAUGGAUAUGACCCAGCCAGAGAAGCGCCUGCAGGCGAUUGUGGACCUGGUGCAGCCGGAUCUUCUCGUGACAUCCGUCGCAAAUCGCAAGACCGUCCAGCAACUGGCAGACACGAAGGCCGUGUUGGCGAUUGACCAGGCAUUCUUUUCCCAAAUCGCACCUCCCACGUCGUCCUGCCUGCCGACAGUCUCCCCAUCAAGUCCUCUCUAUACCGUCUUUACAUCUGGCAGUACCGGCACACCCAAGGGAGCAGUCAUCAGCCAUGCCAACUUUGCCAGUGCCAUUGUGCAUCAAACGGACCUGCUCGCACUGGACCCCGAUUCGCGCGUCUUUGACUUUGUCUCGUAUGCCUUUGAUGUUUCCUGGUCGAACCUACUCCACACGCUGGCCGCUGGGGCAUGUUUGUGCAUCCCCUCCGAAGCCAUGCGCCGGGACAACCCUGUCGAGGCCAUGCAGGCGAUGAAAGUGACCCAUGCCCAAUUUACCCCGUCGAUGGCCCGUACAGUGGACCCGGAUCAAUGCAAGACGCUCAAGGCCUUGAUCCUGGGCGGCGAGGCCAUGUCCCAGCACGACAUCGCUGUCUGGGCACCUUGGGUUGACCUUCGUGUUGCGUAUGGUCCCGCCGAGUGUACGGUUGCCGCCGUCAUGGACACAGUCCCUGAGCAGUCCGGACAUCGGGACUUCGGCAAGAUAGGGCGGGGGCUUGGUUCGAACACCUGGAUUGUCAGCGUAUCGGAUGGAGAGCGCCUGGCCCCGGUGGGCACUGUGGGAGAGCUGUGGCUGGAAGGGCCCCUGGUGGGCCUGGGCUAUCUUGAUCAGGACGAAAAGACUGCCGCCAGUUUUAUAGACAACCCUGCAUGGCUCCUCCGAGGAGGUCCUGGUGUUCCUGGUCGUCAAGGCCGGUUGUACCGAACUGGGGAUCUUGUCCGCUACUGUUUUGAUGGCAGUAUUCUCUUCCUAGGACGCAAGGAUAACCAGGUCAAAGUCCGCGGGCAGCGUGUUGAAUUGCAAGAAGUGGAGCAUCAUCUCCAGGCUCAUCUGUCGGGAACAACCGGAGUCGUGGCCGACGUUGUCAAGCCCCAGGGCAGCAGCAAUGCCAUGCUCGUCGCCUAUCUCGCGGUUGGAGAGACUAUCCAUUCCCCUCUAGACAGCGUCCAUGCAGCAUUGCGGCCCCUCACCCAAGGCCUCACGGACUCCCUCUCUGCCCGAAUCCCGCAGUAUAUGGUCCCUAGCAUGUACCUCCCCGUUGCAGAGAUUCCAGUCACUACGACGGGAAAGAUCGAUCGAAAGCAGCUGCAUGAAUUAGGAUCAUCGCUUACAAUGGAACAGUUAGCUCAAAUCCAACCCCCCCAGGAAGGCGAGCAGCAGGCUCCCCAGACAGACCUCGAGAAGCUCCUCCAGCAGCUCUGGGCAGAGCUAUCGGCCAAGCUGCGCUCAGCAGGCUUCCGUAUCGCCGUUCCUGAUAUCUUCAAGCUGAAGACAAUCUCCCGACUGGCUCCAAGUGCAGCAUCUGUGCAGGGGCGGAUGAAAACCACCUGGGAGACCCGAGAAGACGAGCCAUUCGAACUUGCUCCCGUUCAGCAGAUGUUCGUCAACGUGGUGCGCCGCAAGUGCAAUCAUUUUAACCAGAGUUUCUUCCUGCGCAUCACCCGUCAGGUGCGGGCUGAGGAUGUGCGGCGAGCCCUGGACUUGAUUGUGACUCAACAUCCUAUGCUGAGGGCACGGUUUGCCUCGGAUCAGGGCGGACAUUGGACGCAGCAUAUCAAGCCCUACACCCCCGGUUGCUACCGGUACUGCGAACACGUCGAGUCCUCUCUGGCCGAGGCCUCGCCGCUGUUGGAUGCCAGCCAAGUCGCCCUUGAUCUGGAAUCUGGACCGGUCUUCUCUGGGGAUCUGCUCCAGAUUCGCGACAGCGGUGAUCAAUAUCUGUACCUGGUGGCGCAUCACUUGGCGGUCGAUCUGGUAUCCUGGAGAAUCAUUCUCGCGGACAUGGAGGACCACCUGACAGCAAAAGCCUCUUCGUCUUUCACGCCGAUGCCCUUCCAGGCAUGGUGUCAACUUCAGGCCGACCAUGCUCGAGACUGCCUCACUCCCGAAACGGCGUUGCCCGUUGAGAUUCCUCCUCCGCAGCAGGGUUACUGGGGAAUUGAUCCUGAACGCAACACCUUUGGCAACGCCAUCCACCGCAGCUUCACAGUGAGCAAGAACGUCACAGAUAUCCUCUUGGGGCCUGCCAAUAAGUCAUUUGAUACCCAGCCGGUCGAGAUUCUACAGGGUGCUUUGAUAUACUCCUUCACUCAAGUGUUUCGGGAUAGGGCGCCUCCUACAGUGUUCAGCGAAGGGCAUGGGCGCGAGCCAUGGGAUGCCGCGAUCGACCUAUCAAGAACAGUUGGCUGGUUCACUACUAUGCUUCCGACCGUAACCUCGAUGGGACCGGAUGAUACUCUACCUGAUAUCAUCCGCCAUACGAAAGAUAACCGACGUCUAGUGCCAGGAAACGGAUGGCCAUACUUUGCAUCCCGCUACUUGAACCCUGCUGGAAAGAAGGCAUUUGGGGCCUACGGUCUGCCCGAGAUCACAUUCAACUACUUGGGACUCUACCAGCAGUUUGAAAAAGACAGUUCCCUGCUUCAGCCAACCGCCUUGCCCUCAGGCAGCAUGUCGGAUGUUGACGAGCGGAUGCAGCGCUUUGCCCUGAUUGAGGUUUCUGCAUCGGUGUCCCAGGGCUGUCUGGAGUUUAGCUUCUUGUUCAGUCGUCAUACAAAGCACUUGCGUAACCUUGAGGACUGGGUGGCCCACUGUCAGCAUGCUCUACGAACGGCUUCGGAAGUCUUGAUGCAGCGCCAGCCAAGCUAUACACGAUGUGAUUUCCCACUUAUGCGCCUGACAGAGCCAGCCUUGCAGACUCUCGUUGGAUAUAGUCUUCCACAGCUCGGAGUCUCGUAUGGUCAAGUUGAGGAUAUCUACCCUUGCUCGCCGAUUCAGCACGGUAUCUUGCUGAGCCAAGCGAAGAACCCUGGCGUGUAUUGGACGCGCAUUCGAUGGAAGGCCCGGUCCUCCGAGUCUGCAUUGCCUCCCAAUCCUGAACGACUAGCCCGUGCCUGGAUGAGGGUCGUUGCACGACAUCCCGUCCUUCGGACCCGGUUCAUCGAUGGCCUUUCUCCCAACAGCGUGCAAGAUCAGCUUGUCUUGAAAGCCAGCGAGCCCGAGAUACAUGUGAUAUCUGGUCCGGAGGCGACAGAUCCCAUCGCGGCUCUUGACUCUUACUGGGAGCAAAGACAGCGGAAAGGACACAAGCUUCACUCUUUCGUCCUCAGCCAGGCACCCUCCGGCGAGGUCUUCUGUGACCUCGAAAUGAACCAUGCAAUCACGGAUGCCACUUCGACUGCUCUACUCAAGCGAGACCUUCAAGCCGCAUACACUGAAACCCUCCCGACUAUGCCGGGUCCUUCGUACAGCGAUUACAUCAGGCACAUUCAAGCAAUACCCGCGGAGGUGGGGAUAGACUACUGGCGACGGUAUCUCGACGGCGUUCAUCCCUGCAUUUUCCCAACACUGGCAGCGAAUGGCCAGGACGUGGGGGAGAAUCCAAGAGGCUCCAUACAUCAUAUGCUCGAUCAAGACACGAAUACCAGUCUUCAAGUUUUUCUCAAGACGAACGAGCUGACCGCCUCCAACGUCUUUUACCUCGCAUGGGCCCUCAUUCUCCGGUGCUUUGUUGGGUCGGAGACAGUGUGCUUUGGCUAUCUAGUAUCCGGUCGUGAUGUCCCUAUUGACAAUGCAGACAGGAUAAUCGGGCCGUUUAUUAACAUGCUGGUCAGCCGAGUUAGGCUAGGAGAGGGGGUCACUCUGAUGGAUAUCAUGAAGCAAAGCCAGGCGGAUUAUCUGGACAGUCUCAAGCACCAGCAUCGCUCUGUGGCGCAGGCCGCUCACUCUUCGGACGGGCCAGCCGAGCCUCUAUUUAAUAGCGUCAUCUCGGUGCAAGGUAUGGAUCUGAAGAAGAGCAGCAAGAGUGAAGAACGUGGUCUCUGUCUUGAGGAGCAAGACGGUAACGAUCCAACAGAGUAUGAUAUCAUGAUGAAUAUUGGUCUGGGGGACCAGGAAACAGCAAUGACGUUCAGCUAUUACAAGUCCCUGUUAUCGGAGCAACAGGCAAGCGGCAUAGUGGAGUCCCUGCUUCAAGCGGUCCGGGAAAUCAUCCACACUCCCUUCAAGAAGCCCUCCCAGGUGAAUCUGUCAACGGGCCAUGACCAGCAGACUAUCUGGAGCUGGAACGCCUCCGUCCCGCCCACAAUCAACGUUCCAGUGCACGGUCUGAUUGCCAACAAGGUGAAGGAGCAGCCCGAUGCCGACGCAAUCUGCGCAUGGGAUGGCGAGUUGUCGUACGGGCAGCUAGAUAGCUUAUCAACAUGCCUGGCCCAUCAUUUGGUGGCUUCUGGAGUCUGUUCGGACACGGUGGUUCCUCUCUGCUUUGAAAAAUCCAUGUGGAUGCCGGUGGCCAUGCUCGCUGUGAUGAAAGCCGGUGGUGCUUCAGUCUCCAUGGACGCGAGCCUGCCAGAAGAACGAUUGCGCACAAUCGCAAAGCAAACGGAGCCCGCGGUGAUUCUCUGCUCGGAAGCAACCAGCGAGAAGGCGGGUCGACUUGGUGCCCCCCGAGUGAUUACUGUCGGCCAAAGGUUGCUCUCAGGGCUGACGAUCCCCAGUCGAGGCACGACGCUCCCCAAGGUCGAUCCAUCUGACCGAUUAUACGUGACUUUCACAUCCGGCAGCACGGGGAUUCCCAAGGGAGUCAUGAUCACGCAUGCAAACAUGAGCAGCGCCCUGGUCCAGCAGCAGGAGGCCCUCUCAUUCGGGCCUCACGUCCGCGUCUUUGAUUUUGUGUCCUACGCGUGGGACGUGGCUUGGUCCAACCUGCUCCGUACUUUGGUUGCUGGUGGCUGUCUCUGUGUCCCAUCUGACUCCCAGCGCCGGGAAGGGAUUGAAAAGGCCAUGACACAAUUAAGAAUCAACUGUGUUACUCUCACACCCAGUGUCGCUCGUCUGCUCAACCCUGCUGCGGUGCCGCACCUGAAUACCCUGGCUCUAAUUGGGGAGCCCCUGUCGCAGGCCGAUAUCAUGCGGUGGGCUCCUCACACCAACGAGAUCAUCAACACCUACGGGCCAUCCGAGUGUCCUGCAUGCGUCACGGUGAAUCGCAUCCCGCUGGACCUCUUGUAUGAGCCCAAUCUCGGGGCGGCUUCUGCCUGCAACACUUGGAUUGUGGAUCCCGAUAACACCGAUCAGCUGGUUCCAGUUGGUGGUAUCGGAGAGCUCUGGCUGGAAGGGCCCCUCAUUGGGCUUGGAUACCUGGGCCUCCCCGAACGAACGGCCGAGAGCUUUGUCGAGAAUCCCCGCUGGCUGCGCUCCGGGUAUGCUGGACAGCUGGGGCGUGGCGGCCGGCUGUAUCGCACCGGCGACCUGGUCCGCUACACCGAUGAUGGCGCGCUUGUUUAUAUUGGACGCAAGGACUCGCAGGUCAAGAUCCGCGGCCAGCGCGUGGAGCUGGGAGAAAUCGAGUACCAGAUCCGCGAGGGCAUCGCGCGCAUCUCGUCCGCCACCGGCGAUCCCACCGUCGUGGCUGGGGUUAUUACUCCGCGCGGAAGCGGCAGCAAGAUGCUGGUCGUCUAUCUUGGCCUAGGGCAGAUGGCCACAGGCCCUGUUGACCGCAUUCGAGAGGCUCUGGCGGGCUAUACAAGCGGGCUGGAUGUGUAUCUCUCGGAGAACCUCCCCCACUACAUGAUCCCCAAUGCAUACAUCCCCGUCUCUGAAAUUCCAAUGACAGUGACCGGCAAGACGGACCGCGGACGCCUGGCCCGUACCGGGGCAUCAUACACCCUGACCGAACUGGCCGAGAUGCAACCCUCGCGCGGCAGGCAGCGGCCCCCUACCACCGCUAUGGAGCGGCGGCUCCAACAGCUUUGGGCGGCAGUCCUGGGGCUCGAUGUCAGUGCCAUCGCUGCCGAUGACAGUUUCUUCCGCAUUGGCGGGGAUUCGAUUGCGGCGAUCCGCCUGGGCCAACGUGCGAGCGAGGAUGGUCUGGCCGUGGCCGUGGCCGACAUCUUCCGCAAGCCCCGUCUCUGCGAUCUGGCUCUCCUCGCUCGUGAGGACCAGGUCACCUACCUUGAUCCUUCUCCCUUCUCCCUUCUCCCUGCCGGUUCUACCUCGGACUACGUGACAGCUGGUCUCAGUCCGCUCCUGGACUGCCCACAGCACCACAUCGCCGACGUCUAUCCCACCACGGACCUCCAGAGCAUCUACGCAUCCUUUGCAGUGAAUGCACAUCGGGGGGAGAUCGAGUACAUCUACAUGGACCUUCCUCAGGGGGUGGACAUCGCACGCGUCCGCCGCAGCUGUCUGGAUAUGUGGCACCAUCUCGACAUCCUUCGCACCGUUUUCAUUCUUGAUCAAGGUCGUCUAUUGCAAGUCGUGCUCAACAACGUGGAGCCCGAGAUUACCAUGCAACACACCGAAGGGGAUCUGGCAGCAGCAUGCGAAGAAGCCUACAGCUGUGAUCUACAUGAGUCGCUGAGCCUGGGCCGGUCGUUCACGCGGUUCUUCAUCACCUCCACCGCAGACGGUCGAGUGCGAUUCACCAUCCGGCUCUCUCACGCUCAGUACGACGGCUACAGUCUGCCUGUCAUCUUCUCCGUCUUUGCGGCCUUCUAUGAGGGCCAGACACCACCCCCAGCCCCGAAGUUUUCGGGCUAUAUCCGCCACAUGCAAAAGCAGCAAGAGGCCGCGUAUCCCUACUGGCGCACGCUCUUGCAAGGCUCGUCCAUCACCCGGACCAGACACCUCUCCAUAGCCGAUGGCCACUGUCUGCCAAACCAGCCCCGUGGCCGGCUGGUUCAAUCCAAGACCGCUGUGCCUGCCCCGUCAGAUCAACCGGGAUUCACGUCGGCAACGGUCUUUACCACCCUCUGUGCUCGCAUGCUGGCACAGAUGACAGGCGUCAGCGACGUGGUCUUUGGGACCAUUGUCUCCGGCCGUUCCUCCUUACCAAUCGCCCUCCAAAACGUCGCCGGGCCAUGUGUCAACACCAUCCCCGUCCGCGUGCAGAUCGAACCCGACCAGCCACUAGAGGAGCAGCUGGCCAGCGUCCACGACCAACACAUCCAGGGCAUGUCUUUUGAGACGAGCCAGUUCAGCGACAUCGCCGCCCACAGCACCACUUGGCCCGAGGACUCGCGCGCUCCCGACCUGGUUGUUCAGUUCCAGAACCUCGACAACCUGGAGCAUGACAAGGGUACGGAAAUCCAGGGGAUAGGCAGUACACUUGCACCGUGGGAGCAGCGGAACCGGUCCGUGGACAGCGAUUUCCUCUUUAUUCUGGCGAAGCCGGUGGAAGAAGCCUGGGAGAUAUCGGUGUCGGCGAGCUCUAAGGUAUACACCCAGGAUACUCUGGAUGCCAUGCUCAAGGCCUUGUGUUUGCAUGUUGAGAAUGUUUAA